UGACUAACUACGUCACGCACGACUUCGGUUACCAUGGUCCUUGUGACGUAAGUGACCGUGUAAAACAGUGUAGGAAACCCCGGAUAGCGGUUACCAUGGAUAUUGGCGGGGGGAGGGGUGGAGUUUAGAGGAAGCGGAAGUGUCAGCGCAGGCGGAAGUGGUACUGCCCUGAAUACCCCGAGCAGCGAAACGGAGGACAGCUUGAUACUCCCAUCGUUAACAGACACAAAUCAGGACUCGAAAUAUAUUUAACUUUGCAUCAUGGACAAGAGCGACCUAGUGCAGAAGGCUAAACUCGCUGAGCAGGCCGAGCGCUAUGAUGACAUGGCUGCUUCGAUGAAGGCCGUCACGGAGGGCGGCGUUGAGCUUUCCAACGAAGAGCGCAACCUGCUCUCCGUGGCCUACAAGAACGUGGUGGGCGCCCGCCGCUCGUCCUGGCGUGUGAUCUCCAGCAUCGAGCAGAAAACGGAGGGCAAUGACAAAAAACAGCAGAUGGCGCGCGAAUACCGUGAGAAGAUCGAGGCUGAGCUUCAGGACAUCUGCAACGACGUGCUGGGUCUCCUGGAGAAAUACCUCAUUCCCAACGCUAGCCAGGCAGAGAGCAAAGUCUUCUACCUGAAAAUGAAAGGAGACUACUACAGAUACCUGUCCGAGGUGGCAGCCGGAGAAUCAAAGAAAACCACAGUGGACAACUCUCAGAAGGCUUACCAGGAUGCAUUUGAGAUCAGCAAGAAGGAAAUGCAGCCAACACACCCCAUCAGGCUGGGACUCGCGCUGAACUUCUCCGUGUUUUACUAUGAAAUCCUCAACACCCCAGAGCAGGCCUGCAGUUUGGCAAAGACGGCUUUUGAUGAGGCGAUUGCUGAGCUGGACACCUUGAACGAGGACUCUUACAAAGACAGCACCCUGAUCAUGCAGUUACUAAGGGACAACCUCACUCUGUGGACAUCAGAAAACCAGGGUGAUGAGGCGGAUGCUGGGGAGGGCGAGAACUAAAGGCGUUGCACUUCACUGUUAAAUCCACCUACACUCUUUAUCUUACACAUAUACAGCCCAUAAUUCCCUGCUCCAUCCAAUCCACCUCACCUUUAUCCACCUUUCUGUAUGACGAGCAGCAUGAAUUGUACCUGACCUACAAGUUUGUACCCCUGAAGCCUUGAGCGGCAGGGUAACGUUUGGUUUUUUUCCAAGGCUGACUUGUCUCAAACAUGUCUGUUCGUGUAUCCCCACCCCCAGAUGAGGGAAAAUGGUUGAAUAGUGGAAAUGGUUUCCAUCUUUUUUUCCCUUCCUAAAAUCCCUCCUAACAUUUUUAAAAGGUUCUCUGGUCUAGCAGGUUAUAUUACAUAAUAGUGUCCUCCACCCAUUUUCCCUUCUCUGUCUUUUCUCUCCCAAUAGUGUACUGGCGAUUGCUGGUUUUAUUCAACAGGUUAUUAAACUGUCCAUUAAUUUAACAAACACUGUGAUGUUUAGUUUUUCCUCCUGGAUAACUUGUGCUUAAUGGAAAUGGGAACGGUUUCAGUACGAGUAGCAGUACAAUUCUGUUGCGAUCUCAUACAGAAGGGAUAAAAACAGGCUGUAUUGUGACACUGACUAACACGCAUUACUAUUAUUGCUGUCAUGUGCAUCAUUUUAUUUUGCGCACGUGGCUAAAGACGACAAAAGGGACCGGAGGUUUGCCAUUCCACGUCUGUUCAGUUUUAAGUUAAAGACAUUCCAUCAGUAUGUGACGUUUAACGAUUACAGACCUUUUAUGAACAAACUGGAGAGUUUCCUAUAAUGUGCUGUCAAGAAGGCAGUCAACAUAAAGGUGCUGUUUGACAUCAGUAAACAAUUUUCCUGGUUUGUUCUGUAUGUUAUUUUGGUUUGUUUUGUUAUUUUCCUCCCUUUUGCAUAAUUUUGACCACCCCGCCAUUUAAUAAAGAUGUAAAAUUGUAAACAUUAUAGAGGUAAAUAUAAAUUUGUCUUAAAAACGAAAUGUUGUCAACUUGCAUGCAAUUGAACAGCGACACUUGAUUUGAUGUUUCCUUCUUCAAAUGAUAAUUCAGGAGGAGUUUUGGGGCCUUAGACUGACUUAGAGCUUUACUACUCCUCUUUCCUUUUAAGAGACGAGUUUCUGUAAGACCUUAGCAGUUCGAACUGAGAAAUUCUGGAUUUAACUUGAAUUUUGUGCAGGAAAGUGCCGCAGACCAGUGGAGGCUUUGAAGUCUUGGCCCAAAGUCAGUGAAACACAAGACGAGAUCAGAUUUGGCAAAUAGUGGAAGGACCCUGGCCUGAUCAUUACUAGGGAGGUAGCCACUCAUUCAGUGUCACAAUACACAGUGUCGCAUCACCAUAACAUUCCACGUAGGUGUAGAACUCAUCUGUCUCGAGCUGAAGACAAUGUUCAUGCACUGAAGACAAAAUCUCUUUUUCUCUCCCCUUAGCUGAACAAACGGCAGUUAUUCUACGCUUGAUUACAAAAAAAAAAAAAUACAGUAGUGAAUGUGGAGCCGAGCCUGUCUGUAUAUCUGGUAUCUCCAAUUGCUUUGUUUUUACUGACCAGUAUUCUGCCUAAAGUUAGCUUCUGUGACGGUUUCAUUGCUUAGCGCGCACGUGGUUGUGAAAAUUUAGACUAGCUUAAGGGAAAAAAAAAAUGACAAAAUGGAAAAAAAAAAAUACAACCUGGUUAUUGACGUAAUACUAGAUUUGUGUAUGUCUUUUAAAACAGUUCUAGUUUCACCUUACAUGUUAUAAUCAGGAAAGUGUAAAAGACAAUUUAAAGUGAAAUAAAAGUU